UGCCAUAUUUACUGUCCAAUCAGAAGCCGCAAAACUCUGAAGCCGGCCGGGCGACGGAGAGGCAGUUCUCAGUUAUUGCAGUGAUAUCUUCGCGUUCUCCAGUUCCGGUGGUGAUUUCUUUCGUCUUUGCAUUCAUCCAAAUCAACUCACAAUGUCGUCCCACGACAAUCAAUUCUCUAGAAACAAGAGGAGAAAGUUGGACAGUGCCCCGGAGGGCGAAGAAAUUCCUGUCACCAUUACCUCUCACACUCAACUCCGAACUGCACUGACCUUCCAGCAAAACCCUGCCGAAUCUAAGCAAGGACUACGAAAAUUCAAGGACUUUCUCACUUUAAUCGUGCAGGCAGAGACCGAGGCCGAGAAAGCCAAAAAGUUCCGCAUUCUCAAAGCGUACUGUGAUUCGCAGUUCUCGCAGACUAAUGAAAAUGAGGCCGUCUGCUUCCCGGACCUGGUCCAGACCUGGGGGUUUGCCGAUAGCAACAACAACGAGUCGUUACUGACCACGGUUCCUGCCGUCCUCGCUCAAUUCUUCAAGACCAUCUCCACCAAUCUGGAAUUUCGGGACUUCGGCGUAGCAUUAUGCAAGUAUCUCUUGCAAAAGGAGCAGCUGAAGCUGUUCAACCGCGGCUUGACUGCGGUCAAAUCAAAGGAGCAUCUCAUCUCUCCCUGCCUGCGUCUCUUGACGGAAAUGGUUACCUUCGACGGAGGUGCUGUCGCUCGCCAGGUCUACCAGGCGCGGCACGUGACGUUCAAACGCAUCGAGUUCUUCCUGACCCCGAACAAGGCUCAGUUGGAAGAAAUGGCCGAGGAUGGACACAAGUCUACUUUGCGAAGGAACGCUCAAAAAUAUGUCCUCGCGAAUUUCAAGUUCCAGCACGCCAACUCCAAAAGUGAUAUCAUUGAACAGCACAAGGUGAUCAGAGCAUUCUUCGAAUAUAUCAGGAAAGAUCCCCGGGACAUUGUUCUUGAAAUCCUCCAAUCCAUCGAAAGAGAUGUCAUUCGCGAUACGGCCAUCCCUCGCCACGCCAAGACGAAGUUCUUCAGCCGAUGGAACCUUGAGCGACUUGUGACCCUGUAUGGCUAUGACCGCGAGUCAGAGGAGCCCAACCCAGCUGGCGUCUCAACGGCGAAUGAGGUUCACAAGAUCUUGAUGAACAUUUGCACGAAUUCUGAUCUUGGCGUUCUGCUGCCUGAAACCGGCUGGUACCCCACUGGCAGCGACCCUGAAACCUUGCCGACGGACGACGAUACCCUGAUUGAUCUGGGCCUGGAUUCAGCAGUCUAUCUCGACAAGUACAACAAGACUGUGCCUGUGCGGAAUGGAACACUGUCUUAUCUGAUCCAGGCUCUCCGUCCGGAUGCAGAUAGUCUUCAGAUCGAGCUUCUCGUUGCGAUCUUUAAAGCGGCACCAGAGCUGGUAGCCGACUUUUUCACUAAGAAGACCAUGUUUAUCGCGGAUCCCAAACCUACUCCCUCCUGGAUGGCGGAGUCUGCCCUUCUGUUCUCCACUGUCCAACUUCCAGUUCCCUCAAAUUGUGGUUACAAGGAAAAAUCACCUCCGAUGCCACCGCCAGUCUCGGUGGUCAUCGAGAACGUUCUCCCUCGCCCUCUCUCACAGAAGAUCCUGAGUCGCUGCCUGAACAUGAACACGGAGAUCGUCACACUCUUCGCCGUGAGGAUUCUUACGAUCGCCUUCAACAAACUGCGGGCUGUCUUAAAGAUAUUCAACUCUGACCAUGGCGUCAGCCAGUCGCUCUGGAUGCAGGCGGCCAGCAAACUGAUUGCUGAGUUCUGCAGGAGGUGCCCGGCUGUCAAGGAGGUCAUCGUCUUGUUCAAGAGAACGGCCAAGGAAGAUCUACAGCAACAAGAGGCGGUAUCGGAGCUUCUUGCAUGCUAUUAUGAGAUCGUUCCAGAUGCUGCGUUGGAAGAAGGAUUUGAUGUUUCAUUGGUCAUGGUUGACAUCCUGAAGAAACUAGACGAGCAGAAUCUUGAUACAGACGACACCGAACUUCUGUUGAGUGAAUUGCAAAAUCUGCUCAAGAUCACCCAGCAGUCUUCAUCAAUGCGCUGGUGGCAACAGCCUGCAUCUAUGCAAUAUUCGGCUUUCACCUCCAUCUUGAAAGUUCUAGUCCAAGCCUCGUCGCGAGAGUCCUUGAGUGAGAUUGACAGUCUACUCCGAAAGGUACUCAAUGAGUAUUCGAUUAUUCAGAAUGACUCCAUCUUUCCGUCCAUCUUAUCUAGCUUUGAGACUACCGACCUGGACAAGCUUCAGCAGCAAUUGUCUUUCUUUGAUAACUGUGUUUGCCGUAUUGCGAAGAAGCCUGUCCAUUAUCAAGACCUACUUGAAACCUCAUUCCCAGAGGUGUCGAAGCCUGUGAGUCUCAUAUUGGCUGCUGUUCUCGAGCAGUGGCCGUUCGUGGUGAAGGCUGGCGAUAAAGCCGUGGAACUCGCCGUGAGUGCUUGGGUUGCCAAGCUGCUCGCGAGCUUGAAACGCGCUGGGGAAGACUCUAAAGCCUUGAAAAUCGCUCGAGACACGUUGAUGGACGGCACCGAGAACAAGAAAUCCAAGUCGGCUUUGAAGAAGGCGUGGAAAGAGAGCGAAGAGCCGGAAAAUGACAAUUCCGGGGAAGUCCGUCCAUCUACGCAAGAUAAAUUGGCCACCGAAACCAGUGGGCAACCGGAGGUGGACUUGGAUGAGAUCUUUGGCACAUUGCCCGUCGAGGGCACCACUCACAACGAACUCUACCGAUGGGAGAAGGAUGAAAUCGACGUGGCAAUCGAACAGGGUCGUAUUGCGGAACUGAUGCUCUGCCUAUGCUCAGCGCACGAAGAAGUCCGCAGACAGGCAUUUGCGAAUGUGACUCGCUUUAUGGCGAAGCUUAAGGACUCCAAAUAUGUCGAAUGGCGAUCCGUUUACAUCCUCACGGGUGAGCUUCUUGAAACCGUCAAACAAAUCGGUCUCGAGUCUCCUGUGCCGUGGAUUGUAGGAGAAUGUGCCUCUAGCUGUCUCGAUGUCCUGACCAACCCAAUGCACAAACUGUAUGGGAAGGUCAACAAGUUCCUGCAGAAAGCGCCUUCUUGGGAGCUAGAGAAGAUCCCCUCUUUUUGGAUUGACAAGAUCUUGUUGCAUGAGCCUGAGCUCGAUGAUGGCUACUUUGAAGAGACUGGGUGGCUAUUCGAUCUACUCAUCAAAGGUCUCCGCACUGAAGUGGACAUGGAUAUCUAUCGCCGGGCCAACGUCUUUGAACGAUCCCUCUCAUAUUAUGAAGCACCAAGUGCAGCCCACUCGGUCAAGAGAAAGAUCCUGCAACUUCUUUAUCGCACAACCCAAGUGCAGGGUAGUACGACGCUGAUUACGAGGGCGGGCAUUAUGAGCUGGAUUCAGAGUCAGAUCCCAGCCGUGACGGCUAAAGAGACGCCCACGUUCACGGCGAUUGCCCACAGCCUGCAGCGAACCUCUGACAGCGACCGGGUGGAAAAAUGGAGUGGAGGUGCCGUGCUGAAAGCGGUUGAGAACAUUGUGGGUUAAGGGACUACCGGUUGGGAUAUUAUAAUAGUUGUAUAUGCUUCGAU